AGACUAGUAAAUUGUGAAAAUGGCAUCCAACGUGAACGUUCUCUGUCCGAAUGGACGUCGACAAACUGUCAAAGUUUCUCCCAAUACGAGAAUUCUAGAGGUCAUUGAGAUAGUGUGUAAGAAACAGAAGUUCAACGCAGAUGACUACAACUUGAAACAUCAGAGAACCAUCCUUGACGUCCAGGUACCUUUCCGCUAUGCCAACCUCAUCAACAAUGCCAAGCUAGAGCUGGUCAAAGCGGACGUCUCACGCAGUCUCUCUGGCUCAACCAUGGUGGCGCUACAGCUAUUCACGGGCGAACGCCUCCAGCAUAGCUUUGACUCUACAAUAUCGCUCUGGGACAUUCUACAGCACUGGGAGGGUCAAAGUAGCGACAGACCGUCCUUGACAUGCCCUUCAUCAUCCAGCAGUGGGACCGCUGUUCAUCCAGUCUGCAUCUACAUGAGAGAGGAGAUUAUUGGUGAGGAAUGGUUGAAGGCUACCACAUUGAAAGGUCUUGGACUGAUUGGAGGAAGAGCAAUCAUCAGGUUAUUGCACAGAGACGUUGAACUUCCCCCUCCUCCAAAGAAAACUCAGCCUGAGACCAAGCCAGAAGUCCCUGCUGCACCAAGUCCUACUGCUGCUGCCCCUCCAAAUCAAAUGGAUUCUUCCACCACACCACAGAGUUCUGCAACAUUUGGUCAUUCCACUGAUGCACAUAGGGGUGCUCCUGCAGCAGACUCAGAUUCACUACCUAAAAUUAAAUCAAAACCAGCACCUCCAGUUCCAGUGACUGAAAACACACCCCCCACAAAUGAACUUGCCCAGCCAGCUGGCUCGAGUGAUACAGCCAUGGACUGCGCUACUUCUGAUAAUAUGGAUGAAUCUGCCAUGGAAGUCGAUGCAAUGGAAAUGAAAUCAGAGAAUACCAAUUCCCGAGCCCAAGAGUGCCCUCAAAAUGCGAGCAAUAGCUCACAUCUCGAGGAAAGGACUGUAGCUCAAGAAACGAGUGUGAGGCGAAAAGAAAAGCAGAUACCUUCUACAAGCAAAGGGGGAGGAGAAAUCCCAAAGGAAGAGAAAACCGAGAAAGUUGUGAAGGACAUUGAGAAGAACGAAAGAAUCAGCCUGGAUGAGUAUGCAAGGAGAAGGAUACAGAGCUUACUGGAGAAAGAGGAAGAGAUGGUGAAAUCAAUGCAGGAAGCCAUGCAGGAGUCUAUGAGCCAGAAAUCACAAGGAGCCCUGAACCGUCAACCUCGCACAACCAAACCCAAGGCACCUGUUCAUGCCUUUGCUGACUUUAAGUUUCCAGAACCAAAGCAUACUGAUGCGACAGAUGAAGGAAAGGGCAAAGAGAAGCAAGACAUUAGUUCAAAGCCAUGUGAUAGGAAUCAACUAGUGUUCUCACCCGAUCAGGAUCCUUUCACAUUACAUGGUUCUUCCGAUGUUCCGGAUGAAUUCUUUGACCUUACAGUGGAUGAUGUGAGGAGGAUGCUCUCCAAUCUUAGACAUCAAAGUGCUGAUUCUGAGAGGAACCUCACAACAAAGGCUAUGAGAGAUGCUCAGGAUCAGAAGAAGAUGAAGAAAUAUGAUAAGGUUGUUGUUAGAGUUCACUUCCCAGACCGAAUCAUUCUCCAAGGGUUCUUCAGGCCUCAGGAAAAAGUUGAAGCUGUGAAGGAAUUUGUAAGAUCAAAUUUGGCUGAGAAAGAUCAACAGUUUUAUCUCUACACCACACCACCAAAGACCAUUUUGAAAGACACGACUUUGACUCUUUUCAAGGCCAAGCUGUUCCCUGCUGCUGUUGUCUAUUUUGGUUCCCAAGUUCAAAAAGAUAAUUACCUCCAUGAGGAGGCUCUGGGGGACCUGGCUUCUCUUCUGCAAGCUGAGAGCAUUGUUGCUAAGAACAUGAACACGGGCAUUGCUAGAUCAAUAUCUUCAGAAAAUAAAUCCAAUGCUUCAACUUCUGGCUCGGGUGCAUCGUCGUCAUCGAUAGAAGACAGGCCAUCGACCUCUGGUGACCCCGGGUCAGGUCAGGGGUCAACGUCCUCCUCCCAGCAGAAGAGGCAGGCAUCACCGUCAAACACUGCCAUGGGCUCCACCAAGGUACCCAAAUGGUUUAAGAUUGGCAAAAGAUGAUGCUCUUUCGUCCUACCAAUCGAGACCUGGGCCCUGACUUUUAAAAGUUGCGAGUGAUGGAGGGUGAUUGCAAGUCCUCCGAUCAAUAGCAAACUUAGAAAUCCCUAUUUCUUUAAUACAUCGUUGUAAUUGAUAUCGAGUUAUAUUCAAUUCUAAUCCUGAUAGCAACUGUUUAUAUGAUGGGGCAACUCUAGAAAAAUUACUUAGUUGUGUGAAAUACAUAGGUUGGAGGUGGUUCUUACAGCUAUAUUGGUGAUGAUAGCUUUAUUUGAGAAUCAAUUGAAUGAUGAAAAAGUGAAACCACUUAAGAAUAAACUAAGUGAUGUUCUUUCCAACCUAUUGGGAUCUAAUGUUUAGCCAGCAAAGAUGAAGAAGUUUGCUGGAGCAUUAUUAAUAAUGAGAGGUUUAUGUGAGAUUUAGUGGAAUGAUAAAAAA